AUGGGCAAAGACAAGGAACGGGUCAUUGAGGUAGAACAAGCCAAUGGAAACCCUCCAUCUCCGUCUACUAAGGCUGAACAGACCAGAAACACCUUGUUGAUUCGUUUGGUUCCUACAUCAGCUACAGAAGAAGAAAUAAAGGCCCAUUUCACAGAGGCGUACCCGACCUGCGAAGUUACCGCUGUCACCCUUGGCCUUGAUGUGACCAACCUCUCGAAUCUUGAUGAGGAAAGGAUUGAAGCAGAAGAAAACCUGUGCUACUAUAAGGAUGUCCAGGAGAUAAAAGAAAUGUCUAAGAUCAAACCUCGUGUGUGUGGCCAGCUCCAGUGCUGUCGCAAAUCUUCGGAGAUUGAUGCAAUAGAGUUCUAUGCAAUUGAAGAGCAAGACCUGCUACAAAAGAUGAGGGAGCAGCUGGGAAAGGAGCCACCACGCCCCCUGGGGAUGGCCUUUGUGACCUUUAAGACCAAUGCCAUGGCCAAAUCAGUUCGAAAAGACUUCCACGUUCUCAAGUGUAACAAAUCAAUCUUCUGCUGUGGAAGGAGGCCCAAGUCUUCAUCCAAAAGCGAUGGUCUGAAAGUGAAGAAGUGGAAGGUCGAAUUCGCACCUUUGGCCAGAUCCAUCAACUGGAAGAAUCUGCCAUUGAAGGGUUUCAAAUGGAUGUGGCGAUUUCUUCUAGUCAACUUGGCCGUCUUGGCCGGGGUCACCUUACUCACAACUCCUGCCAUGAUGGUGAACCCCUUUCACAUGUCCAAUGGGACAGCACCCAUCACUGAUAUCCUGAGCCCCAUUGUCAGGCAGUUUCUCCCGAGUCUACUGCUGUGGAAGUUUUCGGCAGUGCUUCCUGCCAUAGUUCACUGGUCUACAAAUUUAGAAUUACACUGGAGCAGGUCCAGUGAGCAGCUGAGCACGAUGCGGAAACUUUACUUUUUCCUGAUCCUCCUGGUGCUCAUCCUCCCCUCACUAGGACUCACCAGGUGUUUGUUUAUGCCCGACCAAGGAGUGUUUGCUGUCAACUAUGUGAUCACAGCGGCUCUUAUGGGCUCUGUGGUGAAUUGGCUGCCGUGUUCUCAGCUACUGCGUUAUAUCAUUCGAUGGGUUUUCUCACGCUCUGCAGCUGUAGGAAAAUAUCUCAAACAGAACCAGGCCAACGAAUUUGAAUAUGGACCCAUGUAUAGCUGGACCCUCUGUACAUUCACCGUUGUUAUGGCUAACAGCUUCAUUUGUCCCAUCAUUGUGCCUGUUGGUCUACUGUGGAUGCUGUUGAGGUACUUUGUGAACAAAUACAACCUGUACUUUGUCUACCGUCCCAACCCCAUUGAUAUCCGAGUCCACAUUGAAGCUAUCGACAUGUUAAUGGCGGCGCCCAUCACUUGCCUAUUGUGGCUUUACCUCACCUUCCUCUUCACAGCAGGUUUCUGGAGCACCAUAGCUUUAUCCACCAUGUUGUUAACGUUGAUCACUUUGCUCGCCUGCAUCGCAAACAAGUUCUUUGGCUGUUUCAAAUACAUCAGGCCAAAGAAAUAUAAGGUGACAGAAGAGGCAGCUGAGAAAGACACAGAGGUAUACCUUCCAAGAGUGCUUGCCAUGAUGCAGAAGACCACCAGAUCCAGUCUAAUGGCGGAGAGCAUGCCAACUGAUUCAAGGGUAGUCAUAAUUCACGACAGGUUUCCCAAUGUAGAAAACGGCCUGAUCCUCCAAACCAGUUCAGUGGACGAAUUCAUGUCAACUGAUUCAGCGAUGAGGCAGGAGACACGUGAAGCUGCAGACAACGGUCCAGUGGCAUAG